UGUUUGCGACUUCUUCGUAACUGUUUGAUCAAAACUCUGCAUUUAACACAUGCUAUGAUCAACUUCAGCCACUGCACCCCUCUACUAGCUCAAACCAGAAAAUGGCUGCUCAUUGUUCGAGUCCAGGUGAGCGUAAAUGGAUCCGUGUCGGAACCAGAAAGAAGGAGAAGAAUCGUUCUCGGCGCGCCUGCCUUCUUCCCCCGCGUCCAGACUUAAGACUUUCAAAUCGCUUUGAGCCCCUGUACUAGCUGUCUUCUGACAGGGAUUGGGUGUUCCCUCCGUGGCUGUGGAUCUCCCUCCAGCUACCUCUCUCUGUCCUAGUCAAUGAACUGCCUGGGCACAGCCUGGACCACUGCGGCACUCCUCCGCUGGGCUGUGCUCUUUGGAUCAGAGCUCUGUCCCUUUGGCUGACGUGGCCUGCACACAGCCGGGGUCUCAGCAGCCCUCUUCUCAGUUUUCUUUUACAGAUGUUUCCGGUGGUGAUCGUACAAGUGUCUGAUGGGCAAAGGUGUUUCCUGGGGAGGCAGUCCUUCUUCCCACUGUGGAUGUACACUGCACUGGCAGGCAUCUGUGACACGGACACACUUCGCAACACUCAUGGAGGUACUGGGCAGUGAGGCAUUGGGUAAAAUAAUUAAAAUUAUGGAUGAUACUAAGUUUUUGAUGGACUUUGAAUCCAAGACCUUCAAAGAACAUGGAGGGAAAAAAGCUAAACCACAAGCAAGCAUCUUGAAUAUUCUGUCAGUUGGGGGAAUGGCAGAGGAACAUUCUUAUGGUGGAACUUGUAAAACUGUGGCGCAAACUGUUUCAAUGCAGUCUGCAGAUGUGGAGGAAGUGGACACCCCAGAAUCUCCCCUCGUCUUGGCUGUCUCUGUCAAAGACGAGUAUGGACAAAUACACCUGGGGGCCAUUGCAGAGAGAGCUGCUGAUAAUGCUUUUGCAGCAAACUCUUCCUCAGAGAACCAAUAUUGUAUGAUUAGCGAUGACCCACCAGUGAAACCCACAGACAUCCUAUUGGAGUCUUUGUUUGCCCAAAAGAAGCUCUUUAUUUGCACAGAGUGCGGGAAAAGUUUCUCCACGCAGAGUAACCUCAAAUCCCACCAGCGACUUCACACAGGCGAGAAACCGUUUGUGUGCAUGUUCUGCAACAAAGCCUUUGCCCACAAACAGAGUUGUAAUGAUCACAUCCGCACCCACACUGGUGAGAAGCCUUUUAUAUGUGGCGUCUGUGGGAAAUGUUUCGGCAAGCAGGCACACCUCAAGACGCAUUCGAUAAUACACACUGGAGAAAAGCCUUACAGCUGCAGCGUGUGUGGCAAGAGCUUCAACCUGGCUCAAAAUCUGUCUAGACACCAGCAAAUUCACACGGGAGAGAAAGUCUUCACCUGUUUGCUGUGUGGGAAAGGCUUCACACGCGCUGUAACACUGAAGACCCAUCAACUCAUUCACACUGGACAAAAGCCCUUCCAGUGCAAUCAGUGUGACAAGCGUUUCCGUCAUUCUGUCAAUCUGAAGAACCACCAGCGGAUUCAUACAGGCGUCAGGCCAUUUAGCUGUGACUUGUGUGGCAAGACAUUCCGUCAAUCAGUGAAUCUGAAAAUACACAAGCGCAUCCACACUGGAGAGAGGCCAUUUGGCUGCACAGAAUGCGGCAAGACCUUCAGUCAGCAGAGUAGUCUUAUCUCUCACGGACGCACCCACUCUAACGAGAAGCCUUUCGAGUGUAGCUUCUGUGAGAAAAGAUUUAACAACACCAACAGUCUGAAGUUGCAUCAGAGAAUCCAUACAGGAGAGAAGCCAUACAGCUGUGAAAUCUGUGGGAAGACUUUCAGUCAGGGCAGUCAUCUCCGAACUCACAAGAAGCAUGUCCACGCAGGAGGGAAACAGUACAUCUGUGAUAAAUGUGGGAAGAGGUAUUCAGACAAACGGAAUCUUCAGAUGCACAAAUGUGUUUAUGCCUCAAUCUAACAUUGUGAUGGGCAAACGGUUUCAAUCUUUGACAGGCUUUUGUUGUCCUUUGCUUUGCUGUUUUUAUGCCUGUUGGUUGAAUCACCAGAUGUCUCUGGUGAAAGCCUUGAAGCCUGGCAGGUGAAUCUAGGGAAUCCCCUUUCAACUUGAUUUUAGCCUGAGCAAAAAUGUAUAGUUUAUUAUGGAAUAAGACUUGCUGUCAGGGGCUAGGUAUUUGAGUUUUUGUUCCCAUUUAAGCAAUUAUGAAAAGGAAAAAGCAGAAACAAUAUAUUUAAGUUAAAUAAUGUUUUCAUGUUAGUGUGUACUGUAUAUAAUAAUGCAAUUUUUGUAAAUAUGUAAGAAAUGUUAUUUAGCAUAACUAAAAGUAUAGUUAACAUUUUGCAGCCUGAUAUGUAUUGAUAUCAUUUGUAAAAAGCCAAUAAAACUGAAACUGGUGUUUGGAUACAAAACAAUCUGUAGAUUGUCUUGUUCUAACAGAAUUGCUUGGCUGGCUAGUCUGUACUUCCAAAACAUCAGGUCCAUUUGUAUUUAUUGCUUACCACAUGUACUUGUUUCUUAAUGUUUGUUUCCCACAGACUUGAGUUAAGAAUUCACACAUUUUCUAUUUUAUAGCAUUUGUUUUUAUAUACUUUAUGUAAAAGAGACAAAUCAACACAUGGCUGUAUUUAGUGGGAUGGAACAAAUUGGUUCAAACAAAUCACAGUAAAUUAUAGGAAUGUAAUCAUUAAAGACAUUCAAUGAUUCAA